AUGGGUAUCAAGUUCCUGGCACUGGUACCCAGCUCUUGGGACUGGUUUGUGGAGCCCUCGAGCCCUGAGGCCAGGAGCCCGCAGGACCCCGGCCACGUCCCCAGCAGUGUCCCCAUCAGUGUCACCAUCAGCGUCACCACAGUGUCCCCAUCAGUGUACCAGCAGUUUCCCAUCAUCCCCACCUUCCUCUACACCACGGAGUACGAAGGUUCCAACAGCUCCGUGAGCUCCGCCCGUCCCGAGCCCGCUCCCGCAGCCCUGGCGGCUCCUCCUUUCUCCUCCAUCCUCUCYUAUUUUGACAACACCUCCGUGCCCRUCUGGRGCUCCACCAGCGCCGCGGAGCUGCCGAACGGGACGGGGAGCAGCCCCCCAGGACACCCCCCGAGCACCGCCGCGACCCCUGCCCGGGGCUGUUUGCGGGGUGGAGAGUUCCUGGCCCGGGAGAACACCCGAGUGGGGCUGCUUUUCGCCUCCAAAGCUCUGCUGCAGCUGCUGGUCAACCCCUGCGUGGGUUUGCUGACCAACAGGAUAGGAUAUCACAUCCCCAUGUUCAUUGGCUUCACCAUCCUGUUCUUCUCCACCAUCAUGUUUGCUUUCUCAGGCACUUACACGCUGCUGUUCAUCGCCAGAGCCCUGCAAGGCGUCGGCUCCUCCUUCUCCUCGGUGGCAGGCCUGGGUCUGCUGGCCAGCGUGUACCGCGACGACGCCGAGAGGGGCAGCGCCAUGGGCAUCGCGCUGGGAGGCCUGGCCUUGGGAGUGCUCAUCGGGGCACCCUUCGGGAGCGUGAUGUACGAAUUUGUGGGGAAAGCGUCGCCGUUCCUGGUCCUGGCCUUCCUCGCCCUCUUGGAUGGAGGGAUGGCAUUCCUGCCUGCCAGCAUAUCCUACCUCAUUGGCACCAACCUCUUUGGGAUCCUGGCUAACAGGAUGGGCAGAUGGCUGUGCUCCAUGAUUGGAAUGGCUGUGGUGGGAAUCAGCCUCCUCUGUGUCCCUCUGGCCACCAACAUUUCCGGGCUGAUCGGCCCCAACGCUGGGCUGGGCUUUGCCAUAGGAAUGGUGGACUCAUCCAUGAUGCCCAUCAUGAGUUACCUGGUGGAUCUGCGCCACUCCUCCUCCUACGGCAGCGUCUACGCCAUCGCUGAUGUGGCUCUGUGCAUGGGCUUUGCCAUUGGUCCCUCCACGGGCGGGGUGAUGGUGCGAGUUCUUGGUUUCCCGUGGUUGAUGGUGAUUGUUGGGGUGCUGAAUGUGGUCUACGCCCCGCUCUGCUGGGUCCUGCGAAACCCCCCGGCUGCUGAGGAGAAAAUGGCCAUCCUGAGCCAGGAGUGCCCCAUGCAAUCCAAAAGCUACACCCCAAAGGACGCCCAGCGGGACCAGGAGGUGGAAAAAGAGGAAUAG